AUAAGAUGAAAUUUCUUGCAAAAAGUAAAGAUAUUAAUUUUCAUCUAAAUAACUUACAUUCUUAUCUUAGUAAAAACUAUAUAUUUUUUUCCGUUUCUCUACAUUAGAAGGCAAUAUAAAAUCGCGAUGAUUCUUCACUGCAACAUUUCGUUAUUCAAUUUUUUCCUUUCCUUUUUACUAGAAGAUAAAACUUUGGCGCAAGGUAUCUCAAACGAAAACAGCCAUGAGAUUUCUAAGACUAUUGUCAUGCGUUAGCUUAAUAUUUACCACUGCGAUGGCUGUUUGUGUCACCGAGAAUUCAGGUGAUGGCUCGACGACCGAUUUCUUGCCGUACAGCAUAAUUCCAACUCACUACGACAUCAAGCUGAUGCCGGAUCUCGUCAACACGGAGCACAACGUCAGCUUUCACGGUGAAUCUAAUGUCAAUAUCCGAAUUCGUUGUGCGACUCACGAGAUACGUGUGCACACGAUGGAAAUGAAAAUUAAUGAGUCGGAGACAACGUUGAUGGGUGACAACGGUGCAAUCUACAAACCGGCCAAUCAUAUUUAUGACAACUACACGGACACUGCACUUUUGACUUUCGACGAUGAGCUGUCACGUGGGCCAUACAUCCUUUAUGUGAAAUUCAUCGGGCGUUCGCUAAUAAAUGAAAAAUACAACUUACAUCGUACGUUGUACACGAGCAAAAAAGGGGGCAGAAUAUGGACAGCUAUGAUGCCGUUUAUGCCCAUUACGAUCUACAAAAAAGACUUUCCGUGUUGGGGCAAGCCACCUUUAAUACACACUUUCAAUAUUUCCGUAAGACAUCCUGCUACAUUCAGAGCAUUUUCGGGUACGCCGAUAAGAGUGCAAAGUACAGAUGGAAAUGGCAUGAUUUGGACGCACUUCGACAUCACUCCUUUUAUAUCUUCUUGUUUCGUGGCAGUUAUGGUGACCGAUUUUGUUCACGUUAGUAACAACCCGAACGAGACUGUCAACAUGUGGUGCAGAUCGCAUUUGAUUUCACAAAUGAAAUUCGCGCAGAGUGUUGCUAAAAAAGUUACAGAGCAUUUGGGCAAAUAUACAAACAUUUCUAAGGAAAUUUCCAAAAUAGAUCACGUCGCGAUACCGCAUUUUUCAUUUCGCGGAGUGACAUUUUCGGGACUUACCUUUUACACCGAAUCAGAAGUUAUCUACGAUGAUACGACAGAUCCUCUAUAUCGCCGGAGAAAUGUAGCGAAAUUAAUAGCACACGAAACAACACAUCAAUGGUUUGGUGGUUUGAUUACCCCAUCAUCGUUGUCUCACAUGUGGUUAAGUGAAGGAUUUGCUUCAUAUUUUCAAACGUAUAUCCUCGACAAGAUUUUUGAAAACUGGCACAUGAUAGAUUUCUUUGUAAUAGAUAAAUUACAUGACUUCCUCAGUUACGAUAUCGAUUCGUCAAUAGAGUGUAUGGAUGCGAAACAGCCCUUUAAUAUCUCAAAUAUAAAAAUUCUUACAUUUUCUUAUAUGUACGACAAAGUGCCUAUCAUAUUGCGCAUGCUGCAACAUAUAAUUACCGAAGAGGUAUUUCAGGAUGGUAUUAUCACAUUUUUAAAUAUGUUUAAAUUUGACUCGGUUACUCCUGAUGAUUUAUGGAAUGUUAUGCAAAUUGUAUUGAACAAAUCAAGUGUUCCGCACAAAAAUUUUAAAAUAAAAGAAGUGAUGGAUACUUGGAUGAAUCAAACUCAUUAUCCCAUUGUGAACGUGAUGCGAAAUUACGAAACUGGCGAAACAAUAAUUUCGCAAGAACAUUUUCAUUCAAAAACCAAUAACAAUACCAGUCAUAAAUGGUGGAUACCUGUGACUUUAACUACGCAGACGAAUCCCGAUUUUUCUAAUAUUUCUAUUUAUUGGCUAACACCGUUAAAUAAAAGUAUAAGACUUGAAAUUCAUCCAAACGAUUGGGUCAUAGUUAAUUUGCAGCAAAUUGGAUGCUAUCGCGUCAAUUAUGAUAUUAUAAAUUGGCAAAAAAUUGCAAAUUAUCUAAAUUCUAACGAAUAUACGAAAAUACAUGUCCUUAAUCGAGCUCAAAUUAUUGAUGAUUCAUAUGCUUUGAUGAUGAACUCACAUGUGGCGCAAACUUUGGAUAAGCUUUUUAAGAGCACGGGAUGUGAAGAAAAUCCUGAAGAAAAUGAUAUUAUAAAACUGAGAAGGGUAAAAGUUGCAAAAUGGGCAUGUCUUCUUGGUAAUUUGGAAUGCAAAAAAAUGGCAACCGUCAAAUUAAGUAAUCAUCUUGCAGAUCCUGAAACUAAUAAAAUUCCAUCUUGGUGGCAAAGAUGGACAUAUUGUUCUGGUUCAAUGAUAGCUGAUAAGGCCACUUGGAACAGAUUAUUGAAUUUAUAUAUGCAGAAACGUAAUAAAGAUCUUUUAGAAUUUCUGGCUUGUUCUGAAAAUUCUGAUAUUAUUAUUGACUAUUUAAAUAUUAUAUCCUCGGAGAAUUCAACACUACAAGAUAAAGAGCAUAAUCUUGCCUUUCAAUUUAUUGUUAUCAAACAUUCAUGUAAUAAUGCAGUGCUUGAUUACAUAUUAGAGAAUUUUGAGAGAGUCAAACCCAAAUUAAUGAACAGACAUACAGUAUUAAAAAAUAUUAUUUCCAAUAUUUAUACUACAGAGCAACUUGACAAGGUAAAGGAAUAUUGGAAAAAUAAUCUCAAGGAAAUAUCAAAUAUUCCAAAUGCAAUUCAAGCUAGCAUAGAUUCACGUAUAAAUAAUUUGAAGAACUUGUUAAACGAUUUUUCAGCGCGAUUCAAAAACAUGAAAAAAUAAAUUUAAGCGAAGCAAUAAUUUAUACCACUUAAAAAUAACAAUUGUAUAACAUGUCGUAUAAUCAUAUGUUUAUCUUUAUUUUUAAUAUAUUUUUAUAUUACUUUCACUUA